GGUUGGUUUUUACUCGUCAAGUAGAAGCGUCUUUUGGUUUUAAGCGUUGACGCGGUGGACUUACAAGAACCUGUAAUGGUUUUAUAGAGCAGAACUCUUGCGUGGCUUCAGAUUCUUUAAGACCAGAAAUUACUGUCGAAGUUGUUGGAAAAAUAUGUCUGUCUAUGGUUUCAUCUUCCUUCUCACUUUCCUUACAAGCCUGAGACCUUCUGUACAGCAACACAGACCGUUUUAUAUCAGUUCUGUUUGUCCACCAGGGAUGACUUACCUCAAAAACAGCAAAUACUCUUCCAAUCUCAAAACCCUUUUGUUCUCUCUUUCUUCCAAACACAAUCCUUUAUUCUCCUACGGAUUCAACAGUCUUACAGAGGGACAAAAUCCUGACAAGGUUUUCGGAUUUUUCCUCUGCCGUGGAGAUGUAUCGCCGGAAAUCUGCCGUGACUGCGUCAGAUACGCCGUCAACGACACUCUCCAUCUGUGUCCAAAUGGAAAGGAAGGUUUGGUUUAUUACGACGAAUGCAUGGUUAGAUACGGUGACCAGGAUAUUCUCCUGGAUCCUAUAACCAAAACUGGACAGCUGAUAGAGAACCAAGAGAAUGUUACGGCAAACCAAUCUGAUCAGUUCAAUAAGGUGGUCCUUUCUUUGACGAAAGAAGCUGCAGCUGAGGCUGCUGCUAGUCCAAGAAAGUUUGCGUUUAAGAAGUCGAACUACACAUCAUCUCAAAUGGUUUAUGUGUUGGUUCAGUGCAUGCCUGAUCUGACAACAGAGGACUGCUUAAGCUGUCUCCAACAAAGCAUCAAGAAAUUGCCUCGUGACAAAAUUGGAGCAAGAUUUCUUUGGCCGACUUGUACCUUAAGGUACGACCUUUACCCUUUCUACAAUGAAACCUUAAGGUACCUUCCACUGCGACAGCAUGGUAAAGGACGAAAUUCCAUAGUGAUAAUCAUAGCGAUUGUUGUGCCGCUAGCUGUCUAUGUUCUUCUUUUUUUAGUUGUUUCUAGCUUCCAAGCCGCAUCGAGAUGGAAGAAGGCUUACGAGACAGCAACUGCAGAUGAUGAUGGGGGUGAUAUUACAACUGCUGGCUCCUUGCAGUUUGAUUUUAAAUCUAUUGAAGCAGCAACUGAUAAGUUUUCUGAACGUAACAAACUUGGUCAAGGUGGAUUCGGAGAAGUUUACAAGGGAAUAUUUCCUAACGGUUUACAAGUUGCGGUGAAGAGACUAUCGAAAACAUCGGUACAAGGUGAAACAGAGUUCAAGAAUGAGGUUAUUGUUGUGGCAAAGCUUCAGCACCGAAAUCUGGUCAAGCUUCUAGGAUUUUGUUUUGAAAGAGAAGAGAAAAUACUUGUCUACGAGUUUGUCCCUAACAAAAGUCUCGAUUACUUCCUCUUUGAUGGUCCAGAUUCUACAUUGAAAAGCCAGCUGGAUUGGACAACAAGGUACAAUAUCAUUGGAGGAAUUGCUAGAGGGAUUCUAUAUCUUCAUCAAGAUUCACGACUCACAAUUAUCCAUCGUGAUCUCAAAGCCGGUAACAUCCUUUUAGACGCUGCUAUGAACCCGAAAAUUGCAGAUUUUGGAAUGGCAAGAAUUUUUGGAAUAGACCAAACAGAAGCCAAUACGAGAAGAGUGGUUGGAACCUAUGGUUAUAUGUCUCCGGAGUAUGCCAUGUACGGCAAAUUCUCCAUGAAAUCAGAUGUCUAUAGCUUUGGGGUCUUAGUCCUUGAAAUUAUAAGUGGCAAAAAGAAUAGCAGUCUCUAUCUAAAGGAUGCUUGUUCUGGAAAUUUGGUUACAUAUACUUGGAGAUUAUGGAGAAAUGGGUCGCCAUUAGAGCUUUUGGAUCCAUCCUUUCAAGAGGAUUAUCAAGUAAACGACAUUAGCAGAUGCAUCCAUAUAGCUUUGCUAUGUGUUCAAGAAGAAGUUGAAGAUCGUCCAACUAUGUCAGAAAUCGUCCAGAUGCUCACUACUAGCUCAAUUGCUCUCGCCGUUCCUCAACCACCUGGAUUUUUCUUCCGGAGGAAAUAUGAAGAAGUAAGAGAAGCUGGUUCAGCAAUGGCUUCUUCUUCUCUCUGUUCUGUGGACGAUGCUUCCGUUACUCAUGUAACUGCUCGUUGAAGACAAAAAACAAAAACGUUUCACAAAGACUUAUAAGCAUCAACAAAGAAGAAAGAUGUGUCUUUGUUGUUUAUUUUCUUUUAAUAGCCCCGCAAGUAAGUAACUGAUACUCUUGUUUAUAGUUUUAUAUUCUAUAGGAGAAUUUUAAGAGACAAAUUAGGGUGAGGAGAAUCAAUGGCGUAAUUGCUGAUUCUUCGACAGUAAGUUUGCUUUCUUGAAAUAGAGAUGUGCUACUUAAUUAUGGUGUGGAGAAGCUAUGGAGUUUGUAAGGAUAAUGAUGUAGGCAUGUUUCAGUUCCUCUGUUUGGGAAGCCCCCAUAUUACUGUAAAUCUAAUACACAUAUUGUAAAAGAGUAAAAGUUAACACCUUUCCUUA